AGGUGGCACUGACUGGCACUGAUGGGUGACAUUGAAAGGCAGCUCAGAUGGGCACUGAUAUGUGGCAUUGAUGUGCACUGGUAUGCACUGAUAUGUGGCAUUGAUGUGGCACUGAUGGGCACUGGCACCGAUGGGCACUGGCACUGAUGAGCACUGACAAGUGGCACUUCUGGGGCCACACUGAUCAUCAGGGCACACUGAUCAUCAGUGCCCUGCCGCUCUCCUCUCCUCUGAAGCUGUCAGCGUGACAGCUCGAGAGGAG